UCAGCACAUCGAGACUUCACGGCGAAUACAAAAAGCCAUCCAGGAGAGAGAUCACCAUAAAAAUAACUAUGUACUAGGUUAUUAGAAGAUAUUUUGCGCUUUAUGAGGUCAUAAAGACUUGAAGACACAAUAGAAAAUGACUAUGGAGUAUAUACGUAUAUUGAACAUAAUGUAAUAAGAAGACCAUUCUUCUUUCUUGUCCGUCAACUGGCCGGCUUGUUACUGAGGGAGGCUACUCUUAUAUAAAGGAGCCAUACUUCCGUGAAAGAUAAUCGAAGUUUGCUCAAACUGUGGUCUUUUUUCCAAAUUUUUUUACAAGUAUUAUUUGCUUUCGGUCAGUUUUGAGUUUUUUUCGAUCGCAGAAAAGAAAAAGACAGGGCAGAAAGUUCGUACAGUUUUUUUUUUCCAACGCCUAUGGCUCGAUCGUUUUUUGUGUUGACAAAAUCCUGGUUACGAAACCAAGGCUUCCAAAAUGUCGUCUGCUUCAGUAGUCGAGAGCGGCUACCGCAAGAACAAAACUGUUUACCCUUCGUGCCGCCUUGCAACGAUGUUACUACGGAUGACAUGCAUAAACUCCAAAACUUUGUCGAUGCUAAUGAAAAGAUUUUGGUUCUCACGGGCGCGGGAAUUUCGACAGAAAGUGGUAUCCCAGAUUACAGAUCUGAAGGUGUCGGGCUGUACGCGACAAGCACAAAUCGCCCUGUGCAAUAUACAGAUUUCCUCAAAAGUGCAGAUAUAAGACAGAGAUACUGGGCCCGGAACUAUGUAGGAUGGCCUAGGUUUUCUUCCUUCUUUCCAAACACAGGUCAUAAAGUUUUAAGUGAAUGGGAAAAGCAUGAGAAAAUUCAUUGGUUAGUGACACAGAAUGUCGAUGCUCUGCACUACAAGGCACAAAGUCUACGGGUGACAGAGUUACAUGGCAGUGCACAUCGGGUUGUCUGUCUUUCUUGCCAAAAUGUUUCAUUACGCACAGAUAUCCAGAAACAGAUUGAAGCUCAAAAUCCUACAUGGCAUGCAUCCUCUGUGACAAUGGCACCUGAUGGAGAUGUCAGUCUCACAGCUGAACAAAUCAAAGGUUUUAAGGUUCCUGAAUGCCAGCAUUGUGGAGGAAUUCUGAAGCCAGAUAUUAUUUUCUUUGGUGACAAUGUGCCAAGACCCACAGUUCAGUUUGUCUUUGACAGACUUUCAGAAAGUGAUGCAGUGCUUGUGGUUGGAUCCUCUUUGGAGGUUUACUCAGGCUAUCGGUUUAUUAUCAAGGCACAUGAUGAAGGCAAGCCAAUUGCCAUUGUCAACAUCGGUAAAACAAGAGCUGAUCCUGUUGCUGUUUUGAAAAUAAGUGCUAGAUGUGGAGAGGUUUUGAGUCAGAUCCAAAUCAAGUGAUUAGGUAUCUGGACAGUAGACAUUAGUGAUUUACAAUUCAGGUUGUCUGAAACUACAGUGGCUAUUUAUGCAAUUUAUGUGCGACUUUUGUUUUUAAGACAUUCAUAUCAAAUGACAGAGAAAUGUUAAAAGCAUGCAUGCAUGCAUAUACAUGAAUGCACUGUUGUCAUCAACUUCAUUAUAUUCAUAAACUUUACACUUAUUUGACGUGCUUUCACAUCUUAAGAAAAUAAAUAAAACAGAAAGCCCUUCAUUUUCAAUUUUAUUAUUUUAUUUUUGGAGGUCAGGAGUUGGAGUAAACAUUAGAACAGUGCUCCAAGGCAAAUACACUUGAUUGUUGUUCCAUCUUGUGUAACUACUUUCAUUUCAAUUUUGAUAUUAUGUGACCAUGGAUAUGCAUAGUUUUAUAUUGCAAUCUUUUGUGUUGAUAAUCUAGAUCACAUUGAAAAAUUUUAAGGAGACCAGAAGGAUAUUUUUUUGUAAAUGAUAUGCAAUUUUUGUUCACAACUGUUCUAAAAGUAAACCACGAACCUAUUCUUUGUCAAACCUGUGAUAAAAUGUCCACAUUUUUCUUGUUAAAAUAAACAAAACAAUUGAUGUUUAAAAGAUGCAGAUAAUUGUCAAUUAUUACAUUUAAAAGAAGACAUUAAAAUUUCCUUCUUUCAGGCAGCCCUUUCCUUGAAAAUUAUCAAAAUGGAAUCUUGUGCAGACUUUGUGGUAUGAGUCGACUGUUCUAUCACGAACUUCCAUUACUGGACUGCUGCCAGACGAUUUUUUCCAGGCUCGCCGAGACUAACAGCGGAUCACUUCGCAAGAGGCUAAGCGUUGGUCUUGGCAGGCAAUUCACCUAUACAAGUCCAUGAUUCUAUUGUGUCACUCUUGCUGCACAGUUGUCAAUAUAUUAUUGAAAUCUCUUCUUUCCUGUUUUUUGGGGAACAAUUUUAAACACAUUUUCUAGAUUUGUUGCCACACACACACAAGAUUAUUGUCUGUUCCACCAAUAAUAAAUCUGUGGUCUGAACUGAUGGCCACUGUGUUUAUCACAACCUGCAGAGGUAAACAAUAUUCAAUACAAAUAUAUCUUACAUUGGACUUGAUGCAGGUUGAACUAUCAACAGUUUCAAUAAAUCUCUUAGAUACAAGUAAUAAAAAUCAUCCCUUUUUCUGUGCCAAGGCAUCUAGGCAAUAAUGAAUAAUCUGCUAACAGAAAAAAAGUGGGAGGGGGCUUGUAAAGAUGUGAGUAAAUGUGAGAAAGUAAAUAUUUUGUCUACUCUCUCUUGUAGACUAAGCAAGAUUGGUUUUGUGCAAAUUAACCUCAGCACAACAUAAAAGGGUAUGUAAUGGCACUUCCAGGUCAUUUUUGUUUAGGUUUUUUUGUGGAAGGUGGGGAGGACCGUUCUUUGUUGUUUGUGGAUUGGGGUUUUUUUGUUUGGUUUUUUGCGAUUCUUAAGUUUGUUUGGUUAGUUCAGCUUUGUUUUUGUUUACUUAGUUGCAUCACUUGUUGUUGAUGUCAUUUUCUUUUGUCCUCAUUCAUUUUGUGCUAACAAAUAAAAGGGAAAUUGAAGAUGUAAGCCUUAUAAACUGCUAUAAUGAGUUACGCAUAAAUUAGAUAAGUUCUUUGUUGUAUAAGAAAG